AACUGUCCAAUCAGAAGGCCUCAAACAGAGACACGGAAGUGCUUAUCAAAGCAUUGACCAUUGUUAAGAUUGCUCUACUGUACUUUGAGCAUUUAUUAUCUCCUUCAUUUAAGGAUCAGCUCUUGCGUUUUUUGCGGUCCAGUUGCGCGUGCGGGUGGAGCAGGCAUGUCGUCGAGCGGGGAGGCCGUGCUGCGGGCCGUGGAGGCGCCGCUGUUUUGGCUGGGUGCUGUCACCGCGGCCUGGCUGUCGUUCUGCUCCGUGUACCGGCUGCUGUCCGGAUUCAGGGUGUGGGUGCUCGGUAACGGGCGCCUCGUGUCACCCAACAGACUCGGGAAGUGGGCAGUUGUGACCGGAGCCACUGACGGCAUUGGGAAAGCAUACGCAGAAGAGCUCGCCCGCCGAGGCUUCUCCAUCGUCCUGAUCAGCCGCUCCCAGGAGAAGCUGGACGAGGUUUCCAAGGCGAUUGCCAGCAAAUGUGGUGUGGAGACCAAAACGAUUGCAGCAGACUUCAGUUCUGUGGACAUCUACCCCAAGAUUGAAGCUGGACUGGCCGGAUUGGAGAUUGGAGUCUUGGUAAACAAUGUUGGAAUAUCCUAUUCUUAUCCCGAGUUCUUCCUCAACGUUCCAAAUCUGGACACUUUUAUUGACACAAUGGUUAACAUUAACAUUACAUCAGUGUGUCAGAUGACUCGUCUUGUUUUGCCUCAUAUGGCUGAGAGGAAAAAAGGGGCCAUUCUCAACAUCUCCUCUGCCAGUGGGAUGUACCCGGUUCCUCUCCUCACCAUCUAUUCCGCUUCCAAGGCGUUUGUGGAUUUCUUCUCAAGAGGACUCCAAGCUGAAUAUAAGAGCAAAGGGAUAAUCAUUCAGAGCGUCUUGCCGUUUUUUGUCGCAACCAAGCUGAGUAAAAUCCGCCGGGCUACUCUGGACAAGCCCAAUCCAGACCGCUACGUUGCAGCAGAGAUUAACACUGUGGGGCUGCAGACACAGACGAAUGGCUACCUACCUCAUGCUGUCAUGGGUUGGGUGACGACCGCUCUGCUCCCAGCCAAGAUGCUCAGCAGCUACAUGAUGGGGAUGGGUCUGUCCCAGCGCGCUCGUUACCUCAAGAAGCAGAAGCAGGGGUAGGACGGCGGCGGAGGGGGGAGGGGGCAGAGGGGACCAGCUUUGUCGACGACUCGUCCAACUCUCCUCAUCGUCGUCACAGAGCAAGCGGAGAAAAUGCGACACUUUCUGGGCAACAUUUCAGGUUUCCUGGUAGCGAGAGGCGACACGAGCCAGUUCACUUCGCACACUACAAGUGUUCAACCCAAGCAGUUGUGUAAAAACAAUUGGACCAAGUGGAGCUUUUUGUUGAGUAAACAGCUUUAAUGAAAAGCAAAAAAAAAACUAAAACCCACUCCAAAAACUGACCUUCUGUCUGCAGAUUGUAAUGAGAAAGGAAGCCCAUGGGAGGAGGGAGGAUAUCGACUGUUUUUGCACUCAGCAAUGAUGAUUCCAAAAUAAAAGUCAGUUCUUGCUAACAAUUCCUGUUCAAAGUAUUAACUAUUCUGUGUUCUUUCAAGUUAACCGAUGAUUUUGAUCAGCUAACUCGUCAGCAUGUCGUCUCACAUUUGAUUGGUCUCGACUCCAUUGUCGUCUGUAGGUAAAAUGUCUAGUGUGCUAAAUUUGUCCUUAACAUUUCACUGAGUUUGCAGUGCAUCAUCCUGGGAUAGAUUUGAUUUGUAAAGUUCACGCUUCGCUCUGGGGCAGUGGCGUUGCCCUAGAAAUGUGCCGAUGUCAGUCUUCCUGGGCAAAUCGUUUUAAAGACGAGUUUACUCUGAAAGGAAGAGCGGUUUCUGCCUGUUUUUCUGACUGCCAUUACGUUUGUUGGAGGAAAUCUUGACUAUUUCAGUAAUGCUUCUGUCAUCAAUAAAAAUGCUUUUCCAAAAACACA